AUGAGUACAGGAGCUGUGUGGCUGCUGCUGCUGCUGGGGACCACAGGACGGCAUCUCACCGAGCAAGUGAGUCUGCAGCCUCCGGUCCAUGUGAGGUUCAGUUCUGUGGACUACAAAACCAGUGUGCUCUGGGCCGCGCCCUCCAACUCCUCCGCUCUCAAAUACCACGUCCAGUGGAAGAUCUAUGGCGAGCCCCGCUGGGUGGAUGUGGACCACUGCCAGGGCACGAAGAGCCCCCAGUGCAGCCUGAGCCACGAGACCUCUGUCCUCACCGAGUGGUACUACGCCCGAGUGCGAGCGACCUCAUCCACGUCGCAGUCUGACUGGGUGGUUUCUCCCAGAUUCAGCCCCCGCUGGGACUCCGUCAUCAGCGUUCCUGUACUCAGGGUAAACGCCACACGCAAAGGGAUAGUGGUCCGAGUGAAGCCUCCGCUCGCACAGGUGCGGAGGAAUCACAGGGAUUUGUACUACAAGAUCUACCUCCGGAGAGGAAGCAGAGACGAGGAGGAGCUGGAGAUGAAGUGCUGCUUUCACAAACUAAAUAUCCAGGAUGUGACACGCAGGAAGACCUACUGCUUUCAGGCGCAGACUAUACUCCCCCUGCAGGCCCGGAGGAGCAACCGCAGCCCAGCCAAAUGCAUCACCUUCAGGUACGGACAUGCGCUUUAG